UUUUAUGAGAAAUACCAAACAAUUGCUAGCAUCACUUAUAGAAAUAACAGCAUCCAUUCCAAGUGCAAAGAUAGAACAGAACACCUUCCUUGCAAUAGGAAGCUAUUUCUACCGUACUUCUUCAGCUAUCAAAGAGCUUCAGACUACUUUAGAGAACACCCCAUCUGAUCAUGAAACUGAGAUACUCCGAUCUCUAUGUUUAAGCAGUGAUUUGGCAAAGGGGAUAUUGGAAGAACUUCAACAACAAAAUGGACUAACUAUAUUCAUAAUGGAGCAUGAAGUGAAAAACACAAUAAAAAAGCUACAAGUGAUUAUUAAUCAUAUGGGUCAGGACUUGAGUUUAAUACCAUCAUCAGCAUUCAAGGAUGAAGAGUAUGCAAAAAUCACAGUCUGCUCACUUUCAGAGGAGAUGAAAAAAGUUUGUUUUAAGAUUAAUCCAGUUCAAGAAAUCAACCCUGAUAAACAGAAAAUGGAGCUGGAAAAUCAGUACUCAAGUAUAGAAUCAAUACCAAUAGAAUCAGACCUCUACUCAACCAGCAUGGUAUGUCAUCCUUCAGAAAAAUCAGAUAGUCCCCAGCUAAUGGAACCCCAUGGAAGUACAAGUGAAAGCAGCCUAAGACUCAGUGGAAACAUGAGUCUAGAAGGUGCUAACCAUAUGGAGCCAAUGUAUAAGAGUUUCAUUUGUCCACUUACAAACCAGAUCAUGGAUGAUCCAGUGACCAUAAGUAAUGGAAUGACCUAUGAAAGGAGCGCGAUCACAGAAUAUUUCACAAAAAUUGGAAAUUCAGAAGAAGUUAACUGUCCUAUCACCAGAGAAAAGCUUCAAAGCAAGGGUAUGAGUCCUAAUAUAGCUUUAAGAAACAUAAUUCAUGAAUGGAAAGACAGAAAUGAUUCUGCACGACUCAAAAACAUCCAUACAGCUUUGUCCAUAGGCAGUACUACAGAGAGUAUGAUACUUGCAGCAUUGAAUGAUUUGAAGAAGAUCUUCCUAAAGAGUCCCAAGAAGAAAAAAGAAGUGCACAACAUUGGAAUAAUACCAUUGCUUGUCAGGCUUCUGGAGUUGAGAGACAGGAUUGUAAGAUGUGCUGUGUUAGAAAUGAUUCGGCUAAUAGUCCAGGAAGAUGAAGCAAAGGAGCAAAUUGCGAAGACACCAGCAAUAUCUGCAACAAUCAAAAUGUUGUCAUCCAGCUACCAACCGAUAAGGCACGCUGCAUUGUUACUCUUAAUUGAGUUUUCCAAGUGUAAAAUUCUCUCAGAGAAAAUAGGUCAUGUCACUGGAGGAAUUCUGAUUCUGCUCCAAACCAAAUACAACAGAUCUGUAGACGCCUUUGCUUCAGAAGCAGCAGAUCAAAUUCUGAGAAAUAUGGAGCAGUGUCCCAACAAUAUCAGGUUCAUAGCAGAAAAUGGAUAUUUGGAACCAUUUCUUAGAAACUUAGUUGAAGGAUCUGAAGAGAGAAAGUUGGAAAUGAUUAGCUACCUUGGUGAAAUAAUACUUGAAGAUGAAAGCAAGACUUAUGUGGCGGAGAAGAUAACUCCUGUACUCAUCCAAAUGUUGCACAAUGAAAAUCCCUUGACUAGAAAAGAUGUCUUUAAAGCCCUUGUUCAGAUAUCCUCUUACUCUGCCAGUGGUAAGAUACUGGUGGAAGCUGGAAUUGUAAGAACUAUGGUUGAAGAAAUGUUUACCACCAAAAAAUUAUACAGUGAACCAGUUGAUUCACUUAAAGAAGCUUCUGCAAUAAUAGCAAACAUCCUUGAAUCUGGGAUUGAGUUUGAGAACCUGACUAUAAAUACUCAAGGACAUACCAUGGUAUCAAGUUAUUUCGUGUUCAACAUCGUUUACAUGAUAAAAAGUUCCACCCCAGAUGACCUGAAUCUGAAUCUUAUCAGAAUCCUCUAUUGCGUGGCGAAAAAAUCUAAGGAGUCAGAUAAUAAUAACAAUAACAAUCCAGUUUCAUCUGCUGUUAAGGAAAGUGAAGCAAGCUACACACUUGUUGAACUCAUCAACCACCCAAGUGUCAAAAUUGCUGUUGCAGCUAUUAAGCUUCUAACUCUACUGUCACCGCACAUAGGGAAUUUGGUCAUUGAGAGACUUUGCAAAACAGACGGCCAAACUGAGGCUCUCUUACAAAGCCCUUCUAAUCAUAAUCAGAUCACUGAAAGGCAAGCUUUAUCAGUAACAUUUCUGAGUAAACUUCCUCAUCAAAACCUCGGUCUCAAUUUGGCUUUGCAACUCAACAAGGAAACAAUCCCUGGAAUCUUGCAAUCAAUAAGUCAAUUAAUCCAAACAAGUGGAACACGAAAGAAUAACAACUAUGCCUGUAUGUACUUGGAGGGGCUAGUGGGUGUACUUGUCAGAUUCACAGCAACACUGUAUGAUUCACAGAUUCUGUUUCUGGCUAAAAAACACAGUUUUACUGCAGUGUUUACUGAUUUGCUAAUGGAAACAUCAUCAGAUGAGGUACAAAUUCUUGCUGCUACUGGAUUAGAGAAACUCUCUGCACAAUCAGUCCGUCUCUCAAAGCCACCACCACAACACCGGACACAAAGAAAGCGCAAGAAGUUCUUCUUCAACCUUUUCGACAAGCCAAGUUGUUUAGGGUCAUCAAGGAAAACCAAAGUAGUAGAACCUUGUGUAGCUCACAAAGGUGUUUGCUCCAAACAAGACACGUUCUGCUUGAUUGAAGCAGGAGCAGUUGAGAAACUGUUAACAUGUCUGGAUCAUCAGAAUGUUCAGGUUGCAGAAGCAGCAUUAUCAGCAUUAUCUACAUUACUGGAUGAUAAGGUUGAUGUGGAACACUGUGUGAAAAUGCUCGAUGAGAUGAAUAUGACACAACGAGUUUUGAAAGCAGUACGGUAUCACAAGAAUGAAAUUUUGUGGCAGAAAGCAUUUUGGGUGAUUGAAAGGUUCUUAGUGAAAGGUGAGGAAAGAUCUGUAUUUGUUGUAUCACAGGAUAAGUUGUUUUAUAUUACAGUGGUGACUGCUUUCCACCAUGGGAGGGAUGCAUACACGAGGCAGAUGGCAGAAAACAUUUUAAGGUACCUUGAUAAGAUGCCGAGUCUCACUGGUACCUUCACCACUUAGUUUGUUUUCCAAUGGUGACUGUCAACUGUCAACUGUCAACGAUAUGAAUAUAUGAUAUUAGAAUGAAAGAUUGAGUAGAAGCUGAUCUAGAAAUAAACAGAAUGAUGAAGAAAUUAAAAAAACUUUUGUAUAGACUUAACUAAUGUAUUGCUCUUUAUGCAUACAGGAAAUCCCUGCAAGAAAGGGAUUUCCUGCAGUAAUAUUGGUGGAAUUGAGACCAUGAAUCUAUUUACUGUUGAAUUGUGCAGUUGAUCUCUUUCAUCUAACAACUUUUUAUCAGAAAAGGUUUCAAGAGUUCAAGCUAUUAAAGGAGUAUUGAGUAACUGUAUUUGCAUUAAAGAAUGUUGAGAAAAACAC